AUGCUGAUUUCUUGCCCUAACCUUUUUCUUUCUGCAAGAAGCUGUAGUGGUGGUCGUUAAAUGAGCAUCUAUACAAUUACUUUUCCUCUUUUUCUUCUUUCCUGGUGCUGGAUUCCCUGUGGUCAGGUUUCCAGGCAGACUCAAGCGCAGGAUUCCUACCAUGAUAAAGGCAGAGAGCACCCCGAGGAAGGAAAGCAUCCAGACAGUGGCUUAUACAGCAAGGGACCAUCGUACUCUGGUUAUUCUGGGUAUAUCAUGAUGCCAAAUAUGAAUAACGACCCAUACAUGCCUAAUGGAUCUCUGUCGCCACCCAUCCCCAGAACAUCAAACAAGGUGCCAGUGGUACAGCCUUCUCAUGCGGUUCACCCCCUCACCCCUCUUAUCACGUACAGCGAUGAGCACUUUUCCCCGGGGUCGCACCCAUCUCACAUCCCCUCUGAUGUCAGCUCCAAACAAGGCAUGUCCAGGCAUCCUCCAGCUCCUGAUCUCCCUACCUUCUAUCCCUUGUCUCCAGGGGGGGUUGGACAGAUAACACCACCUCUUGGCUGGCAAGGUCAGCCUGUAUAUCCCAUCUCGAGUGGAUUCAGGCAGCCCUAUCCAUCCUCACUCUCAGUCGACCCUUCCAUGUCCAGGUUUUCACAUCACAUGAUUCCUGGUCCUCCAGGCCCUCAUACAACUGGAAUCCCUCACCCUGCUAUUGUAACACCUCAAGUAAAACAAGAACAUCCGCACAACGACAGUGAGCUAAUGCAUGUGAAGCCUCAGCAUGAACAGAGAAAAGAACAAGAGCCAAAAAGACCUCAUAUUAAGAAACCUCUGAAUGCUUUCAUGUUGUACAUGAAAGAAAUGAGAGCGAACGUUGUAGCAGAGUGUACUCUGAAAGAAAGCGCAGCUAUCAACCAGAUUCUUGGCAGAAGGUGGCAUGCUCUCUCCCGUGAAGAACAAGCAAAAUAUUAUGAACUAGCUCGUAAAGAAAGACAGCUACACAUGCAGCUUUAUCCAGGCUGGUCUGCAAGAGACAACUAUGGGAAGAAAAAGAAGAGGAAGAGAGAAAAGUUGCAGGAAUCAGCAUCAGGUACAGGCCCCAGAAUGACAGCUGCCUACAUCUGAAGCAUGGUGGGAAAAGAAAUGCUUUCUCAACUUGCAAAGCAAAGGCGGCGACACCAGGACCCCUUCUGGAGAUGGAAGCUUGUUAAACCCUAGGUGUGUCCUCCAUCCACACAGACCACCCCCAAGGAGUCUGUCUAGGAUGUCAUUCACCCUGAUGUCACUGCUAGAGACACUGAAUCAUAAAGACAAUCACUGCCAAAUUCCUUCACUAUCACAAGGGUCCAGCCCUGAUAUAAAUAGAGCAAAUGAGCUCCUGGGUCAGCAGAGCAGCUUUUUUCUUCACUCCACCUCUGCCUUGCACUCUUAAGCCCCCAUCUCAUCUGUGUCCAUAUCAAGUCAGCAUACAAAGUAGCAUGGCUGUCUCUGCCUGCUUCAGCCAAUGGAAUAAUGUAGACCACAGCUGCCCGUACAGCACAUCAAGGAAUGGAAUUUGCCUGGACCAGGAUGACACACUCAACCUUCUUUUUAUUUAAUGGUGCGACAGGAUCAACUUUGGUUUUAGCUUUUUUAAGAAACUUGAAUGCUUUUAUAUUUUAACUUUUAGUUUGUAAUUUCUUUGGUGUAUAUUUUACUAGGUAUGAGCUUUUAAACAAGUGUCAGAAAUCUGAAAUACUUUUUAAAUAAAAGGGUGUUUUCUUUUUUUUUUUUUUUUCUUCUGCCAGAGGAAAAACCCAUAUGGAUAAAAGGUGGCUUUUUUGUUAAACUAUUUGUAACAAAUAGUGGCCUCUCAGUCUAUAUAAUACAGUGUCCUACAGAACUAAAUAAAUGUAACAAUAGCUGGUCAGUAGACACGUCAGUCUUGCAUCAUCUACUCUGUAAACAUAAGCAAUACAUUCAGCAAAUCUGACUGCAGUGAGUUCUCCUUCUCACCCAUUCCCCUUCUCCUUGUAAAAAGCCCAGCACUUGAAUUAUUACUUCAAUUGUUCUGUAUUUGUAUCUGUUUUUGUUAGCCUGUUAGUGGGAUUUUAUGCCAGUUGUUGAAAUAAGCAUUGAUGUACCCAUUUUUUAAAAUAGUAAGGCACAGCCUUUGCCAAAAAUACUGUCAACUGAUUUUUAUUUUUUUUUUGUCAUUCCAGUUUGAGUUAAUGUGCUGAGCAUUUGUUUUUUAAUAAAAGCUUUGUAAUAAAA